AUGUCGCGCUCGACCGCCACCGCUACCACCUCCGGCUCCACCUUCCAGUGGACGCCCAUCAGCAUCAACCUCUCGCCCGAGCUCGCCCCGAUCCACCCCCAGUGCCCCGUCUGCACGCGCCCCGACGCCGCCAAGCGCUUCAUGGCGCUCUACCCCGCCCUCCCCCACCUCGCUAAGAUCAACUGCGAGCGCUGCUGGGAGGAGUACCGCAAGCUCAAGGUUCUGCAGAACCCGAACCCCGCCCAGGCUCACGCCACGGCGGUCGACUACCAGUACCUCACCUCGGUCGCUCACCCCUCCGGCACCCCGUGGGCUCGUCACAACGCCAGCAUUGGCAAGACGGCCCCACUCAAGGUCGCCAAGGCGCUCCCGACCCCGCCCGCCACCCCGCCCAAGGUCAACAAGGCUCUGCCCACCCCACCUCACCGCCACACUCUCCCGGCGUCGUACCACCUCCCCGCCACCCCACCCACUUCGUCGCGCGCCUCGACCGUCUCGUCGGCCUCGAGCUACUACACGGCCGCGUCGCCCCGCGACUCGAUGGUCUCGACCUCGUCGUACCACACCGCCUCUUCGCAGGUCGCGCCCGCCAUCAUCUCGCCCCAGCCUCAGCGCCUCGUCCAGCCCAGUGCCAACCCCGUCUCGGCCCUCGACCAGGCUCUCGCCAAGAUUCGCAACCGCGACUCGGUCGUCUCGGUCUCGUCGACGCGCACGCGCUACGACGUCGAGGUCACGCACACGCUCCCGGACCAGUACAAGCCCCUCCCCACUGUCGCUUCGUCUGACCGCCCCACCAACCCCUACUCUGUUCCGCGCAAGCCCGCCCCGACUCGCGCCCAGGCCGAGGUCUCUGCGUACCGCGCUGUCCAGAGGAUCCCCGUCGAGUCCAAGAAGCACGCUCAGAGGCACGCCGAGUACUCGCGCUACCUCGAGCAGAACCCACUCCCCGUCCCGCCUAAGUUCUGA